CUGGUAGACCGGUGAUGACGACCGCCCAAACAGGAAGAGGAGCCACCUUUGGUGUCUGUGUGAAAUAUUGGUUGAGUCCAGAGAUACCAGAAAGAAGCUACUGACACUGAGGUUACUGCUGGAGAGGGCACACCAAUAAACACACAUCACAAAGGUACACACAGCUUAUACAGCUAUGGAGGAUUACGCUUCAUUCAUCAUCUGCCUGGUCCAUCUGAAGUUCUACAUGGUUUGAGUGAUGGACUUGUCUAACUGUACAAAGGGGGUCUUCUCCCUGGGUGCGGGUGAGGAGGGGGAUGGGGGUUCUAUAACCCCACCAAGUAAAAUCAUCCUCACCCUCACCCUGUCCCUGCUCGCUGUCAUGACAAUGGUUAUCAACUCCCUGGUGAUCACAGCCAUCAUCGUGACCAGAAAGUUACAUCAUCCGGCCAACUACCUGAUCUGCUCUCUGGCGGUGACGGACCUGCUGGUGGCCAUCUUGGUCAUGCCCUUCAGCAUCCUCUACAUACAGAGGGAAAGCUGGGUGAUGGGUGAGGCUGUCUGUAAUGUUUGGCUGAGUGUUGACAUCACCUGCUGCACUUGUUCCAUCCUCCACCUGGCAGCCAUCGCUCUGGACCGCUACUGGGCCAUCACUGACGCCGUGGAGUACUCACGCAAACGCACCGGCCUCCGAGCUGGCAUCACUGUCGCCGUCGUCUGGUUCCUGUCCGUCCUCAUAUCCCUUCCCCCUCUGCUGUGGAGGAACCAUGGUGGGGGGCCAGAGGAGGACCAGUGUCUGAUAACGCACCACCACAUCGCCUUUACCCUCUACUCCACCCUGGGAGCCUUCUAUAUUCCCCUGCUCCUCAUCCUCAUCCUCUACUAUAAGAUCUACAGAGCAGCUCAGACUCUGUACCUCCGGAGGGGGGCCAGCAGAGCCAGCCAGCACUCCUCCAUGGUCAACGGAACCACCCUCCCCUCCUGCCCCACUGAAGGAGACCCCCAGAGCCCAGACACCCUGAACCCCCCGGAAAAGUCCUACUCAGACCCCUCCACGGAGGGCGACCGCGUGCGCAUCGCCGUAAAAAGUCCCCAGAGCGAGUCGAGGCGGGAGCGUGAAUGUGGGUUGAGACGGCAGCGUAUCUCAGGGACCAGGGAGCGGCGCGCUGCAUCUACGUUAGGACUGAUACUGGGGGCCUUCGUGGUCUGCUGGAUGCCUUUCUUCCUGAAGGAGGUGAUCGUCAACACGUGUGGCUCAUGCAACACCUCCAUAGAGCUGGCUGACUUCCUCACCUGGCUGGGGUACCUCAACUCCCUUAUCAACCCUCUCAUCUACACUAUCUUCAACGAAGACUUUAAGAAGGCCUUCCAGAGACUGGUCAGGUGUAGGCUUCGCCUCUGACAAGGGUAGAGAGGACACACAUUUGUUUUUUAUUUAACCUUUAUUUAGGCAGGGUGGAGUCCAAUUUAGACAAAGGUACCUCACACAAACAAUUAUCUGUAGGGUCGCUAAGUCGAACAGUGAAUAUCAAACACAGAUUCAACCACAAAGACCAGUGAGGUUUUCCAAUGUCUCGCAAAGAAGGGCACCUAUGGGUAGAAAACGACAUUGAAUAUCCAUUUGAGCACAGUGAAGUUAUUCAUUACAAAUACUACAAAUACAGUUGUCCUUCCUAACUCAGUUGCCAGAGAGGAAGAAAACCACGAUUUCACCACGAGGUCAAUGCUGACUUUAAAACAGUUACAGAGUUUAAAGGUACAAUAUUCAGAAAUCACUCCGCCAUUUCCUGGUUGCUGAAAUUCUAAUACUUUGCCUAAUUUCAGUUUGUGACAAAACAAGCAAUUUAUAGUGUAGAGAAUCAUUGCACCAUCUAAACCACUCUGAAAAAUCUUUACAAUAACCAAAAUAUUGUAUUUUCAAAUGUUUGAAGCUGGUUCACAUAACUGAAAAUAAAAGAUGCAAAAGCGAUACUUAAGAACGAGAAGCAUAGAAAUAGAACACAGAACAGAUCUACCGCUUCUUACGUUUGCUUUCAAUGAGAAUUAGUCUAUAACUCACAUUUCUAUGUGCAUUUUGUCGGGUCGCCCAAAAAUGUACGUAUUGAAACUUUAAUGGCUGUGAUAGAACUGAGGAUGGAUCAACAUUGUAGUUACUCCACAAUACUAAACUAAUUUACAGGGUGAAAAAAAGGAAGCUUGUACAGAAUACAUAUAUUUCAAAACAUGCAUCCUGUUUGCAACAAGUCACUAAAGUAAAACUGCAAAAAAUGUGGAAAAGAAAUGAACUUUACAGUGCCCUCAAAGUAUUCAUACCCUUUGACUUAUUUCACAUUUUGUUGUGUUAUAGCCUGAACUGAAAAUGGUUUACAUUUUACUUACAUUUUUUCUCACACAAAAAAACAUAAUGACAAACUAAGUAUCAACCCCCUGAGUCAAUACAUGUUAAAAUCAACUUUGGCAGCAAUUACAGUGAAUCUUUCGGGGUAAGUCUCUAAGAGCUUUGCACACCUGGAUUGUACAAUAUUUGCACGUUCUUAAAAAAAGUAUUCAAGCUCUGUCAAGUUGGUUGUUGAUCAAUGCUAGACAGUCAUUUUCAAGUCUAUUCAUAUAUUUUCAAGUCGAUUUUAAGUCAGCUAUAACUAGGCCACUCCAGGAGCAUUCAAUGGCAUCUUGGUAAGCAACUUCAGUGUAUAUUUGGCCUUGUGGUUUAGGUUAUUGUCCUGCUGAAUUUGUCUCCUAGUAUCUCUUGGAAAGCAGACUCAACCAGGUUUUUUUCCUAGGAUUUUGUCUGUACUUGGCUCUAUUUCAUUUUUUUCAUCCUAAAAAAAAAAAUCUAUUCUUGCCGAUGACAAACAUACCCAUAACACAAUGCAGGCACCACCAUGCUUGAAAAUAUAAGGAGUGGUACUCAUUGAUGUGUUGGAUUUGCCCCAAACAUAACUCUUUGUAUUCACAUUUUUUUUGCCGUUUUCCUUUAGUGCCUCACUCUGUCCAUUAGGUUAGUAUUGUGGAGUAACUACAAUGUUGUUGAUCCAUCCUCAGUUUUCUCCAAUAAAACCAAUAAACUCUUAACUUUUUGUAAAGUAACCAUUGGCCUCAAGGUGAAAUCCCUGAGCAGUUUCCUUCCUCUCUGGCAUUGGAGUUUGGAGGGUGCCUGUAUCUUUGUUGUGACUGAGUGUAUUGAUACUGUCACGUUGGUAUGAAGAGAUUCGGGAGACAGGCACAGGAAUGCGUAACAUUUUUUUUUUAUUAAGCCCAAAUUACAGCGUGCUGUGUAAAGGCACGGGAACGAAGACCAAACAAACACGUAACAAAAAACAGGGUAGAAACCCAAACAAAAAAGCGAAGAGUAACUUGAAUAAAUAACACACGCGCACAAUGAUUAACACACGGGAUGAGACCUGUAAUCAUCUGCGCAAUCCACAAUGGCACGAAAGCCUAAACACACAGCACAGGUACUCACACGCACCAACGGACAUUGUACCGAUAAUGGACAGCCCAAUGGAAACCAAAGGGCACACUUAUACAAGUACUAAUCAGUGGGAAUAGGGGACAGGUGUGCGUAAUGAAAAUUCCGGAGGGAUCCGUGAAACCAUCCAAAGUGUAAUUAUGUAACUUCACAAUUCUCAAAGGGAUAUUCGAUGUCUGCUUUUUUACACAUCUACCAAUAGGUAGUCUUCUUUGCAAGAUAUUGGAAAACUACCCUGGUCUUUGUGGUUGAAUCUGUUUGAAAUUCACUGCUCAACUGAGGGACAUUAUAGAUAAUUGUAUGUGUGGGGCACAGAGAUGACCUAGUCAUUCAAAAAUCACAAUAAACACUUUAUUGCACACAGAGUGAGUCCAUGCAACUUAUUAUGGGUCUUGUUAAGUAUAUUUUUUCUCCAGAACUUAUUUUGGCUUGUCAUAAUAAAGAGGUUAUAUAAUUUUCGACUCAAGACAGUUAAGCUUUUAAUUUUAAAAAACUGUAAAUACUUCUAAAAACAUAAUUAAACUUUGACAGUAUUGUGUACAGGCCAUGCACACAAUCUAAUAUUAACCAAUUCUAAAUUCAGGCUGUAAAACAACAAAAUGUGGAUGAAGUCAGGGGUGUGAAUACUUUCCGAAGGCACUGGAUGUCCUGAAGUUGCUUACCAAGACAUCAUUGAAUGUUCCUGAGUGGCCUAGUUACAGUUUUGACUUAAAUCUACUUGAAAAUCUAUGGCAAGACUUAAAAAUGGCUGUCUACCAAUGACUAACAUCCAACUUGAGAGAGCGUGAAGAAUUGAAAAAAGAAGAAUGCAAAUAUUGUACAAUCCAGGAGUGGAAAGCUCUUAAGAGACCCAGAAAGACUCCCAGCUGUAAUCGCUGCCAAAGGUGAUUCUAAUAUGUCUUAACUAAGGGGGUUGAAUAAUUAUCUAAUCAAGAAAUAUGAAUGUUUUCUUUUUUUAUAAAGUUUUUACAAAUGUUUUUAUUUUUAUCGACCACAGAGUAUUUUGGGUAGAUCAUUGACAAAAAAUUACAAUGAAAUCCAUUUUAAUCCCACUUCGUAACACAACAAAAUGUGGAAAAAGUCCAGGGGCGGGAAUACUUUCUGAAGGCACUGUAAAUCUUUAGUGACUGAACGAAUUUCAAGAGUUACCAUACCCGGUCACAGGGAUGGCGAGCUCGUACUUCUAUCGGUUAAUAACGAUGUUAGGUUGUUGUAAUGUUACGUGCACGCACACACACACACGCAAGCAUGUGCACGCCAUUCAGUUCAGAGUUGUGUUGGAUCCGGGAUAGCAUCCGACUGCCUGAGAUCAGAGACUAUCAACAGAAUAAACACAAGAGACUUUAAAUCUUUACCCGGAGGAAAUUACCUGUAAUACUCUGCCAAGACUAAUGGACACUCCAGCCAGGUCAGUCUAAUGGGACUGGCACAUUGCUGAGCUUUGGAAGAAAGUUAAGAGGACCUCAGAUCCAUAAGAGUCUAUUUAUAGAGAGCCAUGAGGUCAUCAUCUCCUUGAUAUUUGAUAGUGUUACUGUCGUAGUCGGGAUGGUGUUUAAUGACAUUGAAGGGACGAUGUUUAAAUGAACAGACAGAAACUGGUUAAACUGUAGGAUGAAACUCUGGACUUAAACCAUCAGCCUCGAUCAUUGCAAGGUCUUAGAAUAGCUGAUCAUGGUGUUUGUCUGUUCUAUAACUACGAACCUCCCAAAGCUAGUAGACUGAAAUAUAACAUAUCAAAGGUUUUGACUUAUUCUCCAAACAAUAUUUGUUAUCAUUGUUUUUGUUGAUGCUACAAAAGUAGUGAUUAAAGUUAUUAUGCUACUCAA